UGCCUGCAGCCCUGUCACUUCGCUUGAGGUUAUUUUCAGCUAAAAUAUUAAUCUGUAAAUAAGCAUAUUUCGAUGACCUUCCCAAUGAUAUACCUGUCAUUUUUGGUUCAUCGAGUCUAUAAUUAUCGUGAAUGAUCGAUAGGGGAUUUCCAGCAAACAUUGAUUAUACAGUCUUUUACUGAUUACAGGAGCUUUAAAUUGUUUGCUAACGACGAUACAUUUUUGUUUUGCUGAAUUUUGCAUCAGAAAAAUGAGGACUAUUUUAGCCCUGCCUGUUUUACCGCUGGUCUUACAAUUUGUCAGCGCGCAAUGGGAUCCCCACAUGGUCCCAGGCCACAGCACAAUUGUCCACUUGUUUGAGUGGAGGUGGGCUGACAUUGCGAAUGAAUGUGAAAACUUUUUAGGACCCCGAGGCUUUGGUGGAGUUCAGAUUUCCCCUCCAACUGAAAAUGCUGUAAUCGAGCCGAGACCUUGGUGGGAACGUUACCAGCCGAUUUCGUACAAUUUUGUCACUCGCUCUGGGGAUGAAGCGGCUCUCGCUGACAUGAUCCGCCGCUGCAAUGCGGCGGGUGUGAGGAUUUACCCGGACAUAAUCUUCAACCACAUGACUGGACCACACGAUUUUGCGGUCGGCACCGGUGGCAGCACAGCUGAGCCAAACAACAAGGACUUUCCAGCCGUGCCCUACAGCAUAAUAGAUUUCAACCCGUCGUGCGAAAUCGUUGAUUACAACGAUCCAGUUAAUGUUCGUAAUUGUGAGUUGGUUGGCCUCAAGGAUCUUGCUCAAUCAACCGAAUAUGUGCGAGCAAAAAUUGCGGAAAUGCUUAACAGGCUAAUAGACAUGGGGGUUGCUGGUUUCCGCGUGGAUGCGGCCAAACACAUGUGGCCUGGAGACAUGCAGGCGAUUAUGGACCAAUUGCAUGAUUUAAACACGGAUCACGGCUUUGCACCUGGAUCUAGACCAUUCCUUGCCCAAGAAGUUAUCGAUCUUGGCGGCAGCAUUGUUGGUUUCACCGACUAUUUGGACCUGGGCCGGAUCACCGAGUUCAGAUUCAGCGCCGAGAUUGGGAGAGCUUUCCGGGGUCUGAAUGAGCUCCGGUGGCUGAGUUCCUGGGGCGAGGGUUGGGGGUUCAUGCCUUCCGGAAGCGCCUUAGCGUUUGUGGAUAACCACGAUAAUCAACGCGGACACGGUGCUGGCGGAGGAGACAUCCUCACCUACAAGCUACCAAAGAACUAUAAAAUGGCCACAGCCUUCAACCUGGCGCACACGUACGGAACGCCAAGAAUCAUGUCCAGCUUCGACUUUGUGGAGUCUGACCAGGGCCCUCCUGCCGAUGCCGAGGGAAACAUUGUCGGCCCAGAGUUCAACCCUGAUAACACGUGCACUAACGGCUGGGUCUGCGAGCACCGCUGGAGGCAAAUUCACAACAUGAUUGAAUUUAAAAACGUGGUCGAUGGCGAGCCCUUGACCGACUGGUGGGACAAUGGCAGCAACCAGAUUGCUUUCUGCAGGGGCAACAAGGGCUUCAUCGCAUUCAACAAUCAAUUUGAGGUUGAUUUGGUCGAGAACCUGCAGACUUGUCUGCCAGCUGGCACAUACUGCGAUGUUAUUUCUGGAUCAAAAGAAAGUGGUGUUUGCACUGGAAAGGAAGUAGCUGUUGGUCCUGACGGAAUCGCACUGAUUGUGAUUGGAAACUUGGAGUUGGACGGAAUACUAGCUCUGCAUGUUGGCGCAAUGUUGUGAUGCAAAGUCUGCUGAGAAUUAAAACAACCACCAUAUUUUGAAGCAAAUUAAUAAAAUGAGAAUAAUGAUUAAUAUACCUAAAUAACCUGGAACCUAAAAAAUUUUCUUAACUCGAUAUAGAUAUAUAGUUCCU